AUGUCCGAAAUGUCGAUGAGUGCGGAUUUCAAGGUCCAUCUGCCUCUUGCGAAGCUCGAGAGCUGCGCAAAAUGCAAGUCCACGAAGACGCUACGGUUGUGCUCCGCGUGCAACGAGCGCACGUAUUGCUCUCCAACAUGCCAGAAGCAGGAUUGGGCUGAUCAUAAAACCUUCUGCGGCAAAACGGAUCGUCUUGAUCUCAACAUCUUUUAUCCGCUCAUUGGGUGUCUGGUCGAAAUGGGCCAUCUGAGAAAGCCUCAGACACAUCCCGCGCUCCGACAAUCUAUUCUGAAUGCGCCAAAUCCAGGGAGUUUGCCAACACGCCUCCCCGACGGCUCAGCGGCCAACUUGGUGCAUCUUGGCAACAGACUGGCUGGCCCGCACCAAGCGGGCAGCGCGAUAUGGUUUUCGCAGGCGCUCGACCAGAAUGUACGGCUCAAAUUCAUGGACCGCGUCAAACGCGAAGGCCACGUUUUGCCCAUCCUCAUGGCGACCAGUCUCGCGCUGUUGUCCGAAAUUUACACAACGCCUACGUCAAACGAGAAGAAGUCUCUGCGGGCCCGGCUGGCAUAUAGGUCCUCCCCAAUUGCAGACUUUGGUAUUGCUUCUGGGGCGGCCAAAGUCACUGCUCCGGACAGACUUGCAUACCGUGACAAGUCGACCAACCCUAGUUUUGCUGGAAUUCGCUAUGGACAAGAUCCAAACGAUCAUUAUUGGCUGUACUUCACAACGAUCCGCGGGGAGACGGUAACGCUGGACUGUGGAAUGUACACGUUCAAUAUGUGCCAGAUGGUCAGCACGAAGCCGUACUCCACUCAUUCGAUGCUCCCGCCGGAAUUGCCAUGGGUGCCUGCUUUCUUCCGCGAGCGCGACAUGGACCGCACCACGCCAGAUAUGUAUGUCGAGCGGAGGAGGAUGUCCGUCCUCAGAAAUCCUGCCCUGCAAACUGUGGUCCACAUCGCCGGAACUGCGACAACCUACGACGAGGCCCAAGCCAGUAUCAUCUGUUCCUUUAUGGAAACACUUGCGCGUCGGAAAAUAUCGCGGGAAGAACGCGAAUUUGUGCUGUCUUUAACGACCCAAGCCCGCAAUGAGCUGAAGACGGUGUUAAAUGGACGGAGUUGGGCGAGUUGGCCCAAAGUUCCGGCAACCACGGUGGAGAUGGACCCGGACGAGCUUAUGGAGGAUAUGAUGGACGACGAUGCGGCGUGGGCAGAGUACCUCAAAGGGUACAAGAAGAAUAAAAAGGCGGGUAUGGACGAAACUCAGUUGGAUCAAGCGUAUAGGGUGUGGUCUGCGGAGCAGAAGGGUCGGCAGCCUUUAUGGGCGUCCGUCAUGUGA